GCGUAUUCACUCUGUAUUAAACACCACGGAGGAAAAGACAGCGCCGUGGGUUUGACACUUGUGACCCAGCGAGAGCUGCUGCUGAGUUUUAUUAAAGUGUUUUUAUUAAUAAAGUGUGUUUGCAGCAUGUGUGUGUGAGUGGAAAUGGCUGAAUCCUCGUCAGAUUUCACAGCGAGCAGCGCGGAAACGAAGCCGGUACGCGCCGAGGCAGUGUUAGGAGCAGAAUACACUCCCACUGAGGCGGAGAGGAAAGUGUUUAAAGAGUGCGAUACAGAGAGCUUCUGGUACAGAUCGGUGCCCUUCUCAGCCAGUGCUAUGGCCCUCACUCACAUGCUGGUCAUCAAUGGAAAGCUCACGCCGUCUCCUCGGUUCGGAUCUCUGCCUAAAGUGCUGUUUGCUGGUAUGUGCGGCUACUUCGCAGGGAAGAUGUCCUACAUGAAGACGUGUCAACAAAAAUUCAUCACUCUGGAGAACUCGCCAAUAGGAGAAGCUCUUCGACAGAGACACCGACAUCAUCACCGUCCACCACAGUUUGCUGGUCCUCAGUCGGAGCUCAGUGAGGAAGAGAAGCCUCAGUUUGAAGUCUUUCAGUCUGCGAGUGUCUCUGAGGCUCCGUAUUCUCCUCCUGACUUCAGCUACAGUGACACCACACCCUCCACUCAGCACCAGGACCUUCACACACACGAGCUGCGUGACGAGGAGGAGGAGCAGGAGGUGAAGAGGAAGCCCAUCUUCUACGAGGAGCUGCGCAACAAGAACAGAGAGAACUACGACAUCACCCGGAACCAGAAAAUCGACAGGGACACGCCCAAGAUGGAGGUGAAGAAGAACAAAUAUGGCGACGCGUGGGAGGAGUGAGGAGAGGAUGGGCGGAGCAUGGUGGUAUGGGUGUGGUCAAGUGCUGCGUGUCUAACAGAGCUGGAAUGUCUGAACUUCAUCUGUAUGCUGAUUUAAUAAUAAUAAUAAAAAAGCUCUAAAUGAAAAAAUAAUUACGAUGUUCUUUUUAUUUGAGAGAAAUACAGAGAGAUAAACGGACAGAAGAAGAGUUUCUGGGAUAUCUGCUGUGUCUGUUUUCACAAAAAAACAAUAACAGAAGUAUUAAUAAAAAUGUCAGAUUGCCUUCUUCUUUAUUUGUGACCAUUGAUUGUUUUUUUUCCAGUUAAGAAAAGAUUAAACAUUAAAAUCUGUGUUAUGGUGCAGAUCUUACCCGUGAUCUAUUUCUUUUUUUUUAUAAAAUUAAGAAAAGUUAUUAAAUAAAGAGUUCAUGUUUCCUAA